AUGGUCAAAAUUUGCAUUUUUUUCGUGGGGCUUAUGCUCCUGCAAUGUUGGGUAGCCAUGGCAGAAUCAGAGCACUUCAAAUAUAAAGAUCCAAAAGAGCUACUCAAUGUUCGAAUCAAGGAUCUUAUGGACAGGAUGACAUUGGAGGAGAAAAUUGGCCAAAUGGUGCAGAUUGAUCGUUCGGUUGCUUCUGCUGAAGUCAUGAAAAAGUAUUAUAUUGGGAGUGUGCUAAGUGGGGGUGGCAGUGUUCCAAAGGCAAAGGCUUCAGCAGAGGAUUGGGUUCACAUGGUGAAUGAUUUCCAGAAGGGUGCUUUAUCAACUAGAUUGGGAAUUCCAAUGAUAUAUGGGAUUGAUGCUGUUCAUGGCCAUAAUAAUGUCUAUAAUGCAACAAUUUUUCCUCACAACGUUGGACUAGGAGCUACCAGGGACCCUAAACUAGUGAGGAAGAUUGGAGAAGCAACAGCUCUUGAAGUUAGAGCAACUGGAAUUCAAUAUGCCUUUGCACCUUGCAUAGCCGUUUGUAGAGAUCCAAGAUGGGGCAGAUGUUAUGAAAGUUAUAGUGAAGAUCAUAAGGUAGUUCAAGCCAUGACUGAGAUCAUUCCAGGACUGCAAGGUGAAAUCCCUGGAAACUCCAAAAAGGGUGUUCCAUACGUAGUUGGAAAGAAGAAAGUUGCAGCCUGCGCAAAGCACUUUGUUGGUGAUGGUGGAACCACAAAGGGAAUCAAUGAGAACAACACAGUGAUAAGCAGACAUGGAUUGCUAAGCAUUCACAUGCCAGCCUACUAUAACUCAAUCAUCAAGGGUGUUGCAUCGGUCAUGGUCUCUUAUUCAAGCUGGAAUGGAGAAAAGAUGCAUGCUAAUCAUAAUCUAGUCACUGACUUUCUCAAGAACACACUACGCUUCAGGGGUUUUGUCAUAUCAGAUUGGCAGGGAAUUGAUAGGAUUACUUACCCUCCUCAUGCUAACUACUCAUAUUCCAUUUAUGCUGGAGUCACUGCUGGAAUUGACAUGGUAAUGGUUCCCUAUAACUUUACAGAAUUCAUAGAUGGCCUAACCACACAGGUGAAAAAGAAUAUCAUACCCAUGAGCCGAAUUGAUGAUGCAGUAAAGAGAAUUUUGAGGGUAAAAUUCGUCAUGGGACUUUUUGAGAAUCCUUUGGCUGACAAUAGUCUAGCCAACCAGAUUGGGAAUCAGAAGCAUAGAAAUUUGGCUAGGGAAGCUGUGAGGAAAUCAUUGGUUCUAUUGAAGAAUGGUGAAAAUGCAGAUGAGCCACUGCUCCCUCUUCCUAAAAAGGCUAAAAAAAUUCUAGUUGCUGGAAGCCAUGCUGAUAAUCUAGGAUAUCAAUGUGGUGGCUGGACCAUUGAAUGGCAAGGACUUAGUGGCAACAACAUUACUAAAGGUACAACAAUUCUUAGUGCUAUCAAGAACACAGUUGACAAAGACACCGAGGUGGUCUACAAGGAGAACCCAAGUUUAGAGUAUGUAAAGUCCAACAACUUUUCCUAUGCCAUUGUGGCAGUUGGAGAGACACCAUAUGCUGAAACAAAUGGUGAUAGCAUGAAUUUGACAAUCUCUGGAAAAGGGGCAGACACCAUAAACAAUGUGUGUGGAGGAGUCAAAUGUGUGACUGUGAUCAUCUCUGGUCGUCCUGUGGUUAUACAGCCAUAUGUUGAUGUGAUUGAAGCACUUGUUGCUGCAUGGCUUCCAGGUUCUGAGGGACAUGGUGUCACUGAUGUGUUGUUUGGUGACUAUGGUUUUAGUGGCAAGCUUCCAAGGACAUGGUUCAAAACCGUUGAUCAGUUGCCAAUGAAUGUUGGAGAUUCUCACUAUGAUCCCCUUUACCCAUUUGGAUUUGGCCUUGAAACCAAACCCCACAAAGCCAAUUAGGAACUGAAAAUAAUGAUGGCUUUGUUUUCCUUCAUAUUGCUCUCCAAUUCCCAAGUAGUAUAAUAGUCCGGACACAGAGAAUGAGAGGGGUCUAAGGAUUUGUACAUGUGUUAAUUUAUAUUACCUAUAAUAAGAUGUAUUUACUUUACAAUGGCUCAUUGCUUAAUAAUUCUAUAGUUAAACAUGUUUGAUUUU